AUGUCCAAGGAGGCCAAGCAUCCGAACAUCGCCGUGUACCUCGACGUGCUGGAAGGGGCCAUGAACUUCUAUGUCAUCAUGGAGGAGUUAACAGGCGCCGAGCUGAUGGACCAAGUGGAGGAGCUCUUCCCGGUGACCGAGGCCUACCUGCAAAAGGUCAUGGUGGAGAUUUUGCGAGCAUUAGCGCAUCUUCAUGAUGUCGUCGGGCUGCUGCACAGAGACGUCAAGCUCUCGAAUUUCCGUUUUCGAAGUAAGGCUGAAAACGCUCCCCUUGCAUUGCUGGACUUCGGCUUCGCCAUGAGCCUCGGCGAGGCAUGGGAUGGCGCAGUUUGUGGGACGUUGAUGUUCAUGGCGCCAGAGGUGGUGGGCGCCAGAGCUUCGGCACCCUACCUGGCAGCCAUGGACUUGUGGGCCGCCGGCGUUAUUCUUUACGUGUUGCUCACGGGGGAUUCGCCUGCGAAUGAGGAAGAGGUGCGGAGACUUGGCCGUGGAGGCAGUGAAGCCGGCUUGGUUCUGUCCAAAGCACUGGCGGCAACGGAAUUGAAGGUGGCAUCAGCCGAGUCUUUGCAACUGCUGCAGCAGUUGCUCGUGCUGGACCCCUCCGAACGAGCAACUGCAGAGCAAGCCCUCCAGCACCCGUGGUUCUCUACGGAUGGAGAGAAGCACAAGGUGAACGUGCCAAGCUCGAAGUAUCGCCUCGCCCGAUCUGCGAGUAGGAACUCGGAGGUCCUGACUCCCAGAGCAUGGAGCCAAAUUGGCGAAAAAUCGACGAAAAAGCUGGACCUGCCCCAAAGCUUCGCGCCACUCGAGCGGAUCGUGUCUGAGGGCGUCGACGAGAUCAAAGAUUGA